AUGGUUUCGUGGAGCGACAACAGCGAGGAAUCGGGCUACGAGUACUCUUCAGGCGGCUCCCCUAUCAAGAUCCCGACUACAAUCGAGGACCCGAACUACUCCGGUGUUGACGAUGAGGUGAUGGUGAUGUGUGAGCAUGGCCAGCCGGCGAAGAGGCAUGAAGCAAGCAGUUGUGGUGUUGUUCAGUGGGUAGAUGAGGAGUGGCCAGAGCAUCUGCAGAAUGCUCUUCACAAACUAUGGCUUUUGUAUGAGGAUUGCCAGCGUGCUAAUAGGAUGGCAUGUCUGAAACAUUCAUCACUUGUCCACAAUCUCACAUCACAGAAGAACAAGCUACAGGAGACUUAUGAGAAGCUUGUUGAGGAUGUGAACACCCUACUUGAUACCCAGGACAAUAUUCACAAGGAAAAUGAAGUCCAACAAGGUGAACAUGAGGAGAUCACUCCUCCUUUGGACAACAAUAUUUCAGCUUUGAAGGAACAGCUGGGUGCAAUGGAUGCUAAGAACAAAGAACUGAAGCAAAAGGUUGACCAGUUGAAGAGCAUUCAGGUUGCCCAAGGUAAUGUGAUUAGGAAUCUGAAGUUUGCUCAUUUGAAGGAGAAGGAAAAGUUGAGCACUGAGAGGAGGAAUUUGGAGUUUCACAUUGCUGAUCUUGUCAAAGCUAGUGACAAGAACAAGAGAAAGCUGAAGGACAUCAAGGAUAUUUGUGAUGAAGAGCGAUUUGAGGAGCAACAGCUGCAGCAGGAGCAGAAGGAGCUCUCCUUGGUGCACUUGGAGCUGAAGCAGGAGCAGAAGGAGCUCUCCUUGAUACCCUUGGAGCCCUUGGAGCUGGUGGAGCUGGAGCUGCAGUUUGAGCAGCAGCAAGAGCAGAAGGAGCACUUCUCCUUGGUGGCAUGGGAGCAGGAGCAGAUACAGUUCUGGGUGUAUCAUUUCUCCUGUUUUCCUGAAAUUACAGCAUACAAAUGUUAG